UAUUAUAUUAUUAAUGUUAGAAUUUUUCAAAAAAGUCUUUUUGAAAAAUAUAUCAAUAUUAUUUAUUAAGACACUGAUAUUUAUUCAUAAAUGACAUCAGCUGCUUUAGAAAUAGCCUACAUUCAUUCUGAAAAAUAUGUUUCCAUAUGCGACAAGCAUCCAAAAGUGAAAGGUAGAGCAUCCAUGGUGCAUGAUCUUAUUGAAUCUUAUGAUUUAUUGUCACUUAUGAAAAUAGUUGCACCUUUUGAAGCUUCUUGUAAUGAUCUGUUGACAUAUCAUACAGAAAAGUAUAUUCAGACCUUAGAGUUUGUGGAGAAAAGAUUAGUUAACAGUAUUGAAUCACAUGAGGAAGAUUGUUUUAAUGAAGAUGAAAUAAAUUAUAUUAAUGAAAUUGGGUUAGGGUAUGACUGCUCAUUAUUUUCGAAUAUAUAUUUGUAUGCAAAAGCUAUAGUGGGUGGCACAUUAUCUGCCGCUAACUGUUUGAUUGAUAGUCAGGCUGUUGUCAGUAUCAAUCUUAAUGGUGGUUGGCAUCAUGCACGCACUGACGAGGCAUCUGGUUUCUGUUAUGUGAACGACAUAGUUAUCGGCAUUCUUAAACUUUUAACAAAGUUCAAAAAAGUCCUUUAUAUUGAUUUAGAUGUUCACCAUGGAGACUAUGUAGAAGAAGCUUUUUUAUAUACGAACAAAGUUGUAACUUUUUCUAUUCAUAAAUUUGGUGAUGGAUUUUUUCCUGGAACUGGCAUGAAAAAUAGUAUAGGCAAAGGUAAGGGUAAGUAUUAUACAAUAAAUGCCCCAUUGAAAGAUGGUGUAGACAAUAAAAUGUUCACAUAUGUUUUUAAGAAUAUUUUCACUGAAGUUUUUCAUUGUUUCUCUCCGGAAGUGAUUGUCGUGCAAUGUGGAGCAGAUUGUUUAACGGGUGAUCCUCUUGGUUCAUUUAAUUUAACAAGUGAAGCUCUUGUAGAUUGUGUUAAAUUUGUUUUAAAAGAAAAAGUUCCAACCAUGAUCUUAGGAGGAGGUGGUUAUAAUUUAUCUAAUACCGCACGUUGUUGGACCCAAGUUAUUGCUGGAAUUUUAAAUACAACAUUGAAUAAUGAUAUUCCAGAGCAUGAUAAAUGGGAAUGCUAUGGACCAGAUUUUGCUUUAAGUUUUAAUCCCAAUCACAAAAAAAAUGAGAAUUCUUUAGAAUACAUUGAAGAUUUGCUGUCAUUUUUGAAAGGCAACAUUAAAUUUAUGAGAGGGUUUUCAAAGAAUGAAAUUUCCAUAUAGCAAUAAAUAUCAUGUGUUCUGAUAUACAUAUUUUUCAAAGAUGAAUUUCUUAAUAUAGAUCUUAAAACUUUUGAAAUUAUGCUUUGAUUUUAAACCUGUACAGUGUUAUGUUUUUUA